AGAUGUUACAAUAUAUUAUUUUUAUUAUUGGCAACUGUAUUGAGCUCAACUGCUUCAACCGUUUUCACUUUUCCGUUAAUUUGUUUGACGAAAGUGAAUUGUGACCGAAUUUCGAGAUAGUCCUAUUUAAAGAACUCAGGCUUAUUCUUUGUGUUCAAAUAUAAUUAAUUGAAUAAAAACUUUACUCCGGAAGAAAUGGCUGAAUCACUAUUCGACAUUUUCGGCGAUUCUGUAACAAGGCAAGCAAUCAAAAAUGUUACUCGUCAACCGUUAUCCAACAUUGAAAACAUGGGUAAAACAAAGUCAGCGGGACCGUAUAAACCCAACGAGCCCAUAAGACCCACAAAGAAAAAUAUGGAAACAAAGAAAUCAUUUCUUUCGAAUACAGGCAAAGCUCUGCACAACACGCCUAUGCGCCAAUGUACUCCAGGAGCUAUCAACGUCGGGUCUCUCAUAUACAAUGACGACACGAAAAAGGAGAAAGGAUAUUCGUUUGAAGAGCUAGAGUUCACUAAGCCUACUUACAGAUAUGAUAACUUUCACGCAGACUUUUUUGACUAUCUGCCUUUAACAGAGGAUCAGAUUGCUAAAGAUGUCUCACCGCCCAACACUCCACCACCACCCACUCGAAGAUUUAGUCUUGAACUAGACUGCUCAUAUCAAGAUGAAUUCUAUACAGAUGAAUUCUCCAUUGACAGCAUUCCAGAAAUGGAAUUAAAUUUACCUGAUAUAUUUUAAGAAUUAUAUUUUAAGCAGUCUUAAGCAUUUGUAUAAAUUUUUUCAAUAAGUUAUAGGACAGUUUAAGUAUUCUGAAUUUACUAUGGGAAUUAAAUUGGUCACAUUUGACCAAUAAAAAUAUAGUGAGAAAAAAUGGUGUACAUUUAUUUGUUGACUUUAAUUUGGUCAGUUUCAAUUUCUGGAUUUUUCAAUCCACGAAAUUAAUAUUUUAAUUCAGUAUUAUUUAGAAUGUAGGACAGCUAAAUUUGUAGUAAUAAAUGGUAUAUAUUGGGUAAAAUAAGAUUCAGAGUGUUAAAUUGUAAUUUGUUUAUUUUUUGAAUAAAUAAUUGCUAAAAAUAAA